AUGAUGCUCAUAAGGGACCAGGAGAAUGACGGAGGCUCGGCACCGGGCAAACCUAAAAUCGGAAGCCAGACUCAGGUUCAUCCCGCUAUUACGGACGACCACGACUAUCAGGAUCCACGCACAACCUUCGAGGAUGACUAUGAUGAAGCCUACGACGAGUUUCCCGACUCCCGGAGCAUCGCCUCAGAUGACUCGUUUUACCCGCCGGAUGAUGAUGAUGAUCUUGCCGACUCGGAAAGCAUCGACAGUCUGGAGCAGCUCUCGUUCUUCCGCGCCUGCACCACCAACAACGCGUUGACUCUUAAAGCCCUGAUCCGACAGGGAGUAACCGAGGAGGAAGUCCGAGAAACGGACAAAAACAACCGGACCGGCCUGAUCGUGGCCUGUUACCAGCGGUACGUAGACGUGGUCGUCGCGCUCUCUGCGUGCCCUCAUUUGGACGUGAACUGGCAAGACAACGAAGGCAACACGGCCCUGAUCACAGCUUCUCAGGCAGGUCACAUCACAAUCACAAACUACCUACUCAACUACUUCCCAGGCCUCGACAUUGAAAAGAGGAACUGCCACGGCUUCACGGCUCUGAUGAAAGCCGCCAUCCAGGGAAGAGUGGACUGUGUCCGGGCCUUGAUUAUGGCAGGUGCUGAUUUAGAAGCCAGAGAUAAUGGGCGAAGACUCACCCCUCACGAGUGGGCACUGUUCACCAGCCGCUAUGAGGCAGCAGCCGUCAUGCAGAGACUUAAACACCGGCCCUGUCCUGAACAAUGCUGUCACUCGUACCGGCCCGAGUGGCCCAUGCUGCCCGUCCUUGUAGCCAAAGCCCAGCAGCCUAAAGGUUGCAUUCAGAAAAUCACAGAGACGCUGCGUAACGUUUUCAACAUCGGCAACGUGACCGAAGCCACCGAUGACGGCGUAUUCGAUCACAUGGUGCGCAUGACCACGGCGAUCGGAAGCCCCUUCGUGGCCACGUCAUGCCUGACGGUGUGUCCCGAAAGUCCACCGCGCGUGGGCAAGCGCCGCUACUCGGUGCAGGAGAUUCUGAAAAAGCAGCGCACACAGAAGCUCAAAGACCUCGGACCCGAACGCUUAGAGAAUUACAGGCGCCUGUUCCAGAACUCCCGCGUCACACUGGUCCCGAAACCCCCGAACAGGCGAUCCAGCCUCCAGCCCCGGGCUCUCAGGGAGUCCACGGACGCCUCUGCGAUAGCACUCCGGAGAGGGAGUCUUCUCCCGCUCCACCUGGUGAGACGGAGCAGCGUGAGGCCGGGGCUGGUGGUGCCCAAGCUGCGGGUCUCCAAGGCUCCGAAGCCGACCUACGAGCCCGAGAAACAGAAGCGGAAGAGUAGCGCCAACAAUGGGCAGUUCCUACAGGUGCCCAAGUGGAGGUACAAAGAACUGAAGGAGGAGCGCAGGAGGGCAGAGGAGGCCGAGAGGAAAAGGCUGGAGGCUCUGAACAAGAGGCAGCUUGCUGCCAAGUAA